CAUCCCAGGUCCCGGUCGAUGACCCGCCCUUCCUAUCGCCGCCUCUUCUGGGCGCUGCUCAGAAUGGGCGGGUAAACUCCGCUACUCUUGUGGCUGCUGCGGUUCGUAUUGAACCGGCCGGCUGGCUGGCUGUUUGCUGUACCAAACUUGCUCGCUUCUGCGUCCCGGUUCUGUUAGUCCCCGUCUACGAGGAGCAUGGGACCCGGUUCCCCCAGUCCAGCUCGAACCCACCACCACCAAGUUCCAACCAAGUCAAGGUCCCAUCCCGCAUCUCGCGAAUAUAUAUCACAGUGCCUUCGUCUCCAUGUAACCGUUCCCUUUCCUUUCCCCUUUCCUCAUCCACCGACUUCCUACCAGAUCCAUCCAAUCAACUCCCAUCCAUCUCUUAGGACCUCAGUCGAUCGUCUCCUCCAACCGUCAAAAUGAAGGCCGCCGUCAUCUUCUCCCUCGUCAGCUUGGCUCUCGGCUCCGUUGUCGAGAAGCGCGCCUGCGCCGGCAACAACUGCAACCGUCAAGUCACCGGUACCCGUGACGGCCUCCUCCCCAUCACCUCCCGCCAGGCCGACUGCUCUUCCUUCAUGCAGGCCACCGUCACCCCCUCCCCUACCACCGUCACCGUUACCGUCACCGCCGCUCCCGCUCGUCUCCGCCGCAACGGCGAGAUCGCCAACCGCCAGGUUACCGCUCUCCCUACCCUCAUCCCCGCCUACGCCUCCUCAUGCGGUGACGCUGCUGCCUACUCCUCCGCCUGCAACUGCUGGGGCAUCACCGCUGUCACCACCACCGCGCCCAAGCCCACCGUCACCGUCACCACCACUGUUGACUACUGCGAGGACUUGUAAACGUCUCGUUCGGCGUGGAGAUGGAAGGGUUGAGGAGAUGAGAAAGGCCAUUCGUCUAUUCUCUCGAGGCUCAAUGUGGAGGAAGGAAAAGGGCAUGAGACUGUGGGAGGAUGCCCCAGUCGAGCUUGUACAGGAAGACACGGUCAUCGCCGCCGUCUCCUUUGGAUCUCGCAGAGAUCCCCUCGAUUACGAAUUCAAUGGACUUGAUCAUUCAUUCUAUCUGUUCGAGGCCGUGCUCACGGUCUUCAUCGCCUCUUUGCCUAUUUCCAACACACUGAGUCUUGGGAAAGGGACGACAAUUGAACGGUCUGGUGGUUUGGAGUACGAUUUGUUAUGAAGGAAAAAUGGGUUAUGACCGAUUUGAUGGGAGACAUGACGACCAGCUUCGACUGGUAUAGUCUGUCACUGUUAUGAUACUCACAUUCAUGUGUAAUAAUUAAGACUAAUUCGUCCUUACUUCGCAAA